AUGGAGGCCGCGGUGCCCAGCCGUGUUGCACGCUCUCCGCGGCGAGCCGCCUCCCGAAUCGCCACGCCGUGGCAGGUGCUCCGUCUCCCUCGCUCCCGAUUCGGGCUCCCGUUUGUCAGUUUGUUGGAAUUUGGAUGCGAUUUUGGGAGAGAUAGAUCUUUCAUUUACAAGGGAAGAUGCCAAAGUCUUGCAAUUCCUAUGGCUUUGUCAGCAGCUGCGCCAGGCAAAGGUGGUGGUGUGCUUGAUCGGCCAGUAGAGAAAUCUACUCCUGGUCGUCAGUCUGAAUUUGAUGUGAAGAAAUCCCGCAAAAUGUCGCCUCCAUACCGCGUCAUUCUGCACAAUGACAACUACAACAGGCGCGAGUACGUUGUCCAGGUCCUGAUGAAAGUGAUCCCUGGGAUGACCGUUGACAACGCUGUGAACAUCAUGCAGGAGGCGCAUGUGAAUGGGCUGUCAGUGGUGAUUGUCUGUUCCCAGUCCGAGGCUGAGGAGCACUGCACGUCGCUCAGGGGCAACGGCCUCCGAAGCUCGAUCGAGCCUGCGAGUGGUGACUGCUGA